AUGGCUGAAGUUCAAUUGUUGGGUGUAAGAGGAAGCCCAUUUGUUCAGAGAGUGCAAUAUGCUCUAAGACUAAAGGGUAUUGAGUACACUUUCAUUGAAGAAAAUCUAAGAAACAAAAGUGAACUUCUUCUUAAGUAUAACCCUAUCCAUAAGAAAGUGCCUGUUUUUGUUCACAAUGGAAAACCAUUGUCUGAGUCACUUUUGAUCAUUGAAUACAUUGAUGAAACUUGGGAGAAUUAUCACAUUUUUCCUCAACAAGCUUAUGAAAAAGCCUCAGCUAGAUUUUGGUCUAAGUUCAUUGAUGACAAGAUCUUGCCGGCGAUAUCAAAGGCAGCAUGGACUGUGAACAAAGAGGAACGAGAGAAAGGCACUGAAGAAGCGUUGCAGGCUCUACAGUUUCUUGAGAAUGAACUCAAGAGCAAAUUCUUUGGUGGAGAAAAUAUUAAUAUUGUGGACAUUGCUGCUUCCUACUUAGCUUUCUGGCUUCCUGCCAUUGAAGAAGCUGUAGGGUUGAAGUUGCUUAGUGGUGACAAAUUUCCUAAGCUCCAUAAAUGGAGUCAAGAGUUCAUCAAUCAACCUAUUGUGAAAGAGAUUCUUCCUUCUAAGGAGGGACUAUUAGGGUUUUUCAAAUCUCGUUAUGCUGCGAUUAGUGCUGCAAAAUAG